AUGAUAUCAUUCAUUACAUGCGCCCCGCUCACCUCUCGACCUGCAUUCUUGGGCACAUCAACCUCGCCAUCGACACCCCCCACCCACUCUCCCUCUCGCCUCUCUCGUGUCAUUCAAGUGACCGCUACAGCCACGCAGCCCUCCAAAACAGAUGUCUUAUCCGAACCUAGAGCGCCCGAAUCGGACCUGCCACCGGCGCAACCCACACAGCCCCCGUCGUUACCCGCCGGGUUGGGGAAUGCCGUUCCCUAUUUUGCCUACUUUUCCAAUAUGAAUCCCAACAAAAUUGGUCCCAUGUCACGCCUUCGGCUUCGACGAUUCCCAAUCCUUCACUCCGCCGUCGCUGUCCUCGACAACCAUCGUCUUGUCUUCAACCUUCCUGGGCUACCGCCUGAGCCCGCCAACGCUAAUAUAGAGCGCAGCAGAGGCUCACAAGUACAUGGCAUCGUUCAUUGGGUUAAUCGAGAUGAGUUUCAAAGACUUUCCUUGUCAGAGGGGGUCCCCCCAGAAGACAGCCCGCUGAAUGCGCUCCCAGAUCUUCUCAAAGUCGGUUGCACAGAGCAAAUCACGGUUUCAGUUCGCACAGGACCAAGCGAGGAAGAUCGUAUCGACGUGCGAGCGAAGACCUUCGUCUUCUAUGGAAAGAGGACACCGGCAUUCAUUCGUAACGCCAUCAGACCGAGUAGACGAUACGUCCAGGUCGCUAUUGAUGGCGCGGAGUUUUGGGGAAUAGAUCAGAGUUACGUUACCGAUGUCCUGAAAAAGUUGGAAACAGCGGCCGGGUUUGCAGGCGGAUUCGGACUCCAUGUUGAACAGCGACCCCACAUCUUGGAUAGACCGAAUCCAAACGUCAAUUUUGGAAAGGUUUCUACUGAAAUAUACAGCCCGUGGCAGCCUAUUCGUGCAAAGAGAGCAAUGAAGGUGUUUGAAGAAAAUGAAGAAAGCAGGGAUGACAGCAAAUUGUCAUUACUGUUUCUGUCUGACGCUUCGAAGGACCUAGCAACAGAGCGCAGGAAAAUGUAUUACAUCCCCGGUAUUGAUGGCUCUGGGAAGAGCAUUUUGUCACAGGUCGCAAACAUUGACGAAGAUGGGGAGUGGGUAUUAUCCAGUGUGAAGUACCCUUUUGGGAAUAGGCAGUCGCCCGAAGAACUGGCAAGCUCCAUUCUGGAACUGAUAUAUGAUGAUGCCAAAGGGGGCCCGGUAUCAAUUAUUGGUGAAAGUAUGGGCGGGGCAUUGACCGUCAUGGUAUCACGCGAGAACAUACGCAGAAAGCGAAGUCAAGAGCAGAAAACACUGAACAUUGACCUUGCUCUGAUGAUCAACCCUGCGACAUGUUACAAGCGGUCUGCAGCAAGACCAUUGUGGGAAUUUUUGUUGUCUAUUGGUUUUACUCACGAGCACUAUACCGUUCUAAUGCCCUUCAUCCUUCUUCCUUUCAUUCUUGAUCCCGACUCUGUGACGCAAGAUAUCGGCCCAGAUCUGGUCCCUAGAUUGCGCAAAAUGUUGGCUGCCCUAUCAAAAAUGGCGGACAUUUUGCCCCAAGACGCGUUGUCGCACCGAAUGGGAAUCCUCUCAAACUGUUCUAUGUCCGGUCAGGAGCUUUCAGAGCUGACUCAUGAGUUUGGACCUAACGAAAUUGGCGUAAUCAGCACAGUCAACGAUAACUUGAUACCCAGUCUCUCUGAAAAUUACCGCCUUCAGCGUUAUAUACCAAACAUUUACUCUGCAGUUUUGCCGUAUGGUGGACACUCGCCGAUGUUCGACAAGCGCUUUGUUCUGCCGGAUUUGUUAAGACCAUUUAAAAAUGGCUUCCGAAAGACUACGGAGUCUACCUCGCAAGAAACUGUUUCUCCAAAUCUUGAGAAGCGGAGGGACGCACUGAGGAAGAAACUAGCAAAAAACUCAACUGAUACGAAUCCGACAGCAGAUAAGUCUCUGGCUGAAAUGAGCAGGCUGAAAUCCCUUCUCGGACGUUGGAACACAGAAUGCUCACCUGUCUUCGUCGGCGAAGAGAAUCUUCCCGAUCAGACUGACGGGAAACCUGUUCUGUUCAUUUCAAACCACACGCUGUUGGGUUGGUUGGAUGGAAUGUAUCCUAGCAUGCGAAUAUUGUCCUCAAAGAAAACUCUUCUCCGUCCACUUGCACACCCUCGCCUGUUCGGCUCUGAGACCGUUCUUCUUCCGGGAACCACAACAGUCAGUUUAGACGAGGUUUCAGAUUCGGGGGUAGUAAUUGUGAGCCCUUCUGCCCUUCUCGAACAGUUGAGCAAGGGAAAUUGGUGCAUGCUGUUCCCCGGGGGUGCAAGAGAAGCAUUGAAAGGUCAAAGCGAUGAAAAGUACUCUCUUCAUUGGCCAGACUCACCCGAAUUUGUUCGUCCUUGUGCGCUGUUCGGAGCGACAAUUAUUCCUGUUUCCACAGUCGGAGCUGAAGACAUGGUCAAACUUCUGGUGGAUACCGAGGCCAUGGGCAAUUUCAUAAGAACCGCAAACGAUGCUCUGGGACGACCUGUCGAUGUUGAAAGUGUCUUCGGAGACAACUCUCAAGCAUGGAAAACCCAAUCUACUUCACGACGACCCUUAAUGGUGCCUCCUCUUGCUGUACCAACUCGUCCAGAUCGACUGUACUACAGAUUUGGAAAACCAAUUGAAGUUCCAGCGGAGUGCCUCAACGACUCGACCCUGAGUAUGAGUAUUUACAAAAAGGUUAAAGAAGACGUUGCGGAUGGUGUUCAAAUCCUAUUGCGAAGGAGGGAAGCGGACGCAUACAGAUCGCUUGAGAAGAGGAAAAGGUUUUGGCAAAGUUCUGAUACAAGCAUCGAUCCACCUGCUAGCCCGGCGUGGCUCUGGACAAAAGGUUUAGGUGCAUAUCUGGAUGAAGACUUGCAACCUCCAUUGUGAGGGAAGCCAAACUGCUCAUGUACCGUAGCUCAGUGAAACUGUUUCCGUGUCGUAGUAACUUUUGGCCAGUCUCUUAAAAUUGUGAAAUGCUCGCACGGCUGGUAAAAUGUCUGCAGAUAUGAAGUCCAGCAAAUUUCCCACCCA